AGCAAAACAAAAAAUGAGAGGAAAACAAACUGAAACACCAGAUGAAACCCUGAGGAGACUCAUCCGUGUUCAUUCUUCUUCUCAGUGGCGGUGGCGUGUCUGCACUCGCUGUGGAGGGGGCGGGGCUUGAGGCUGAAGGGGCCGGGGUGUUUGUAACCAUGUGUUCCAGAUGCCUGACGGCGAUAAAGUAGGAACUCAGCCACAGUCGAACCGGUGCGACCAGAAGGAAACGACGAAAACAACCGGCAGCAGCAGCAGAGGACGCUGGGAAAAGUCCAGAAGAAACGGACCAACAUGGACGUGAACGACGCGCUCCUGCCCGGACGCCUCCUCCUGCGCCUCCUCAGCGCCAUCCUGGAGCUGGUCACUGACCUCCUGGCCCGGGUCCUGGGCAGCGGCGCGGUCCGGCACCGCUUCCCUCUGGUCCUGUCCGGUCUGGUUCUGUUCGGACCGCUGCUCAGCUUCUGGGUGUCCAAGUACAGCAUCCUCGCCAAAGGCCAGCACUACCUGUACAGGAAGUUCUUGCGGUCGACAUGGGGCUGGACCUGCAUCUUCACGGGCUCCUUCAUCGUCCUCCUCUUCCUCUCGGCCCGCCGCUCGUCCGCCGUCUGCCUCCGCCACCUGUCUCGCCUGGGGGUGGUGGGGCUGCUGUGGUGGGGGUGUCGCCACCUGCUGACCCUUCUGGAGGACGCCGCCGGGGCCUGUUACCGACCCGUGACGGGGACCCAGGCAGCGGCGUCCGGGCCCAUCCUGGUCCUGCACCAGGACCAGACCAAGGUGACGUGUCUGCGGUCCAACAUGGUGUGGAGGGGCUACGAGGUCUCCCAGGACCUGUUCAUCCUCAGCUUCUGCUGCCUCCUGCUGCUCGAGGAAAUAUCCAUCUUUGACGCCGCUAAGUCCCUGCAGAGUCCCCCGGGAGCCCCCUUAAGGAUCCUGUUCCUGCUCUGUUCGCUGUUACUCGCCAUGUGGAUGUUUCUGCUGCUCUGUUUACUCGCACACUUUCCCAAGUUCCCCUCCCAGCAGCUAGGGGGCGCUCUGGGCUACCUGGGGUGGAGGGGGCUCUACCAGGGCUGGUACAGACUCAAAGUGAGCUGGGUCUGUCCUGGUCUGCCUGGAGACGGACUUCUGGAAACCUCCGAAACACAGCGACCACCGCAGUAGACGCCCAGGCCGAGUCAGGACGAGACUGAAUGAAAGGUGAAGAAACAAAUGAUCUGUGCUUUUGUACAAGACGCAAAAAGACGAAAACACUGUAAGACACAAGAAGAUGACAACGAAGAAGAUGCACCACCAUGAAAAUGACGCAAAAGACAGAAGACAAAAAUGACACAAAAGACAAAAACAACGCAACAAGAUGAAAAUGACGGAAAAGACGCAACAAGACUAAAACAAGACAACAUGACAAAAAUGACACAAAAGACACAAUUAUACGAAAAUGACGUAAACGACUGAAAUGACAUAAAAGACAGAAACAAGAUAAAAGACGCAACAAGAGAAAAACACUGAAAGACACAAUAAGACAGACAAGAGAAAACGAGAUGAAAAUGAUGCAAAAGAUGCAACAAGAUGAAAACAUCGUAAGACUCAACCAGAUGAAAAUGCCACAAAAGAAGCCAGAAGAUGAAAACCACGUAGUUCUAUUCGGACUUGUGGAAACUUCUGAAACAGCGACCGUUGAACUUAAAGGAGAUUUAAAGGCUGUGAAAAGAACGAACAGACUGAACAGAACGACGGAAAAACAGGCAGGAAAGUUAUUCACUCCAUGAAAACGUUAAAGACUUUAACUUUAGCUUCGAGACGCAGACAAAAGUUUUAUUACAAUAGAUGUCAAGUCAGUACAAGACUGAAUAAAAGCUGAAGAAACAAAUUAUCUUUGGGUUUACAUUAUUUGUUGAAGAUGCAACAAGAAGAAAACACUGUGAAAGACAUAAUAAGAUGGCAACGAAGAAAGAAAAAGACGCAAAAGACGAAAACGAGACGAGAUGAAAACGACGCAAAAGACGCAAUAAGAUGAAAAUGACAUUGUCAACCAACAGGAAAAACAUGACGACAUGAAAACAAAAGACACAACAGGACAAAAACCGAUGUGAUUAAAAAAAAGUUGAAUCCACGUCAUAGUUUGUUUCAGGUUGAUUUUCGUUCGACGCUGGUCGAACUAAUGACAAACAUAAUAAAUGUGAAUAAUGACAUACAUGAGGGCUUCUAUGAAACGGGGUUUAUUUUGGUACCUGGCACUUUGCUGUAGACAUGUUUCCCCCCAGGAUAGACCUAAUGAUGACCUCAGAUAAAUACAAAAAAAAUUAUCCUCUUGCUCUGAGCCAUCCCGUAGUUAAUGGA